AUGGAAGGAGAGGAAGUGAGCAACAAACAGAUAAUUCUGAAGGACUACGUGAUUGGAUUUCCCAAAGAGUCAGACAUGAUUCUCAAGACGAGUACUAUCAAAUUGAAGGUUUCAGAAGGUUCGAAUGCUGUUCUGUUGAAGAAUCUCUACCUUUCCUGUGAUCCCUACAUGCGAUCUCGCAUGAGGAAGAUGGAAGGGAGCUACGUCGAGUCCUUCUAUCCUGGUUGGCCUAUAACUGGAUAUGGAGUGGCCAAAGUUGUGGAUUCUGGGCUUCCAAACUUCAAAAAAGGUGACUUGGCUUGGGGAAUGACUGGAUGGGAAGAGUACAGUCUCAUUUCAAAUCCAGCGGUUUGUUUCAAAAUUGGAAAUACAGAUGUGCCACUUUCCUACUAUACAGGAAUUCUAGCUCAGUUCAGCAGCAUUGGAGCUGUGCUCAAGCUUGCCUGGAACUUACUGUUUAUAACGUCCCGAACGACUCUUUUGUACAAACCUGGAAUAUGUUACAGUAUAUCUUCUUCUCCGCCUCUCUCGUCUCUGAACAAAGCAACAAGGGGCAGCGAUGAACCAGAUCUGGAUCGACAAGAGCAACAAGGGGGCAGCGAUGAAAUCGAUCCUGAGU